GUGGAUCAGCAGAGCCUGCAGAAGGCUGAGUGACGUUGGAGCAGUCCACUCCCACAUCUCUGGAACAUUCCUGCUCUGCAGCAGAGCCUGUUAGGAGGAGAGCGGCCCGGCUCGGCUCGGCACAGCUAACCUUGACGUGGGUCAGCCGCAGGGGAAGCUCUCAGGUCCUCGUCUGCCCACAGCAGCAGGAAAGCAGCCGCAGCUCCUGGAUCUCCGUCACCCUGGGGAAGGCAACACACCUCCGACCCCCCCGGUUCCCCCCCUCGUCUUCGUCAGCGCCCCGUUGGCCCUCGCCGGGGAAGCGUGCGUCACACUGUGCCAUCGCCUCGGUCUUUGGGUGGAGGAGGUUUCGCUUUCCAGGCCUUCCCGUGAUGCAUAUUAAAACCACCAAGUGCAACCGCUUCUGUCUGGUUGCCUCGGUAACCAACCAGGAAGUCUUCCUCUGCCAUGAGGCGCGGGCCAGCUUUGAGUCGCUGUUUCGCUCCUUCGACCCAGAGGUCCAGUUCCAGUACUUCAGGUCCUUCCGGCGGGUCAGGAUCAGCUUCAGCGACGCCCUGGCCGCAGCAGAGGCCCGGCUCAGACUGCACAAGACGGACUUCCGCGGCAGGGAGAUGAGGCUGUACUUCGCUCAGUCAGUCCACAUCGGCAGUCCUCGCCUCGAACCCCCAAAACCCGACAAGCAGUUCUUGAUCUCCCCUCCUGCUUCUCCUCCGGUGGGCUGGCGACAGUCCGAAGACGCCACGCCCGUCAUCAACUACGACUUGCUGUGCGCCAUCUCCAAGCUGGGACCAGGAGAAAAGUACGAGCUGCACACGGCCACGCCCACCACACCAAGCGUGGUCGUCCACGUGUGUGACGACGAGCACGGCGACAGCUCGACGCCGGACGACAGCGAUCAGGACGAGAAGUCCCGCCCGCCGCGGCCCAAAAUCGUGCAGACCCGGCGCCCAGAUUUCACGCCGUCCCCCGUGCAGCAGUGAGCGGCGCGGUGCGUGGAUGCAGAAAGGUUGCUUUGAUGCUGCAUUCAGGGGUCACGGAAAAGAGGAAACGCUUCAGAUGGAGUUCAUCAGGAGUUUGGACGCACUCGCUGCUGGACAAUACCGUGACGCUCGGCAUGCUGGGAGAUUCUGUGACCUUUUUAUCCCGCUGUCCUGCUCGUUUUUCCAACGCUCCCCUGCUGGAGCGGGUUUGGAAAAGGAAGCAGGACGGCGGUCCUCGACGGGGACGUGAGUGGGCUGAGUUCCCACGGACCUGAAUGCAGCACGGCUCCGACGAGUCGUUCUGUCCUCGAGUCCCGCCUGAGCCGGACAGGACUCCGGCUGUGGGCGGAGGCUGCUAUCGGGGAUCAAGCAGAUUCUAGUCUCUAGUCUUGACACGUGACGCGGCGACUGCUCUCUGGUGUUUUCUUUUAGGAUUUUUCUUUCUGCCGUCGGCUCUGCAUCCGUCUGGUUCCGUCAAGACCAGAGAACCGUCGGGUUCUUCAGAGUAAAUCCACAGUAGUGAAACUCCUCUGGCGGUGACGGGAUCAGGAUUUAGCCGGCUCCAUGUUUAGCUGCUGUUUUGUACUAAAAUAAGCUGUUUAUGCCUGAAUGUUGAAUAAACAUUUGACCCAGUGA